AACAACGAGCAACGAACAAAUCAGUACCAAAAAUGAAGUUGACUCCGGUUGCAGUUUUGGGCAUAUUCGCUCUGAUUUACAUCGUAGAUGCCCACGAGGAAACCGAUCACCAUGAUUUGAAACAUCAAAAACAUGCCAAAAAACACCACGAAGGUAAACACCACCUUCACGAAGCUAAACACCACCAUCAAGCCGAACACCAUAAACAUGAAGCUAAACACCAUAACCAUGAAGUUAAACAUCAUAACCAUGAAGUUAAACACCACCACGAGGCUAAGCAGCAUCAUCACGGAUCUAAGCAUCAACUCCACAAAUUAAAAUCUCAUCACGAGCAACAUUUUAAACACCACCAUAACAAACAUCAUUAUCACGAGACAGGAGAAAGGAAGCAACAUCAAGAAAAAUAUGUGACCCAUUUAAGAAGGCACCAUCACCAAUCAAAACAUUUUGGAAUCCCUUCAGUGCAUCCAAUUAUCUGCAAAUUCCUUUGUCCAUGUGAUGGAAGUUUAAAAAGCAUACCAGCCAGAUUCAUUGCCUUUUUGGAGAUGAGACCUUUAUGCCAUAUUUUCUGUCCUUGUCCUGGAAAAAUUACAACAGCUGCACCUGCUACAUCCUCAACAGAAGCUGGAUCUUCGGGAUCCGGUUCUGGUUCUGUAACGAGUGACGGUGGAUCUUCCGGAUCUGGUUCUGGUUCUGUUACAAUUGAUGGUGGAUCAUCUGGUUCCGGUUCUAUUACUAUUGAUGGUGGAUCAUCUGGUUCCGGUUCUGUAACAAUUGAUGGUGGAUCAUCUGGUUCCGGAUCUAUAACAAUUGAUGGUGGAUCUUCUGGUUCAGGUGCUGUAACAGGUGAUAGUGGAUCUUCUGGUUCUGUUACAACAGAAGCUGGAUCUUCCAGUUCUGGUUCAGGCUCUGUGACCGGUGGUGAUGGAUCUUCUGGAUCUGGUUCUGGCUCUGUAACAGGUGGAUCUCCUGGUUCUGGUUCUGUAACAAGUAACGGAUCUUCUGGAUCUGGUUCUGUAACAAUUGAUGGUGGAUCAUCUGGUUCCGGUUCUGUAACAAUUGAUGGUGGAUCUUCUGGUUCCGGUUCUGUAACAGGUGAUAGUGGAUCUUCUGGUUCUGUUACAACAGAAGCUGGAUCUUCCAGUUCUGGUUCAGGCUCUGUGACCGGUGGUGAUGGAUCUUCUGGAUCUGGUUCUGGCUCUGUAACAAGUGAUGGUGGAUCUUCUGGUUCUGGUUCUGUAACAAGCAACGGAUCUUCUGGAUCUGGUUCUGUAACAAUUGAUGGUGGAUCAUCUGGUUCCGGUUCUAUAACAAUUGAUGGUGGAUCUUCUGGAUCUGGUUCUGGCUCUGUAACAGGUGAUGGUGGAUCUUCUGGUUCUGGUUCUGCAACAAGUGAUGGAUCUUCUGGAUCAAGUUCUGGUUCUGUAACCAAUGAUAGUGGAUCUUCCGGUUCCGUCACAACUGAAUCGUCAUCUUCCGGAUCUGGAUCAGUAACUAAUGAUGGCGCAUCUUCUGGUUCUGGUUCCGUUACAAGCAAUGCAGGAUCUUCCAGCUCUGGUUCUGGAUCUGUAACAAGUAGUGAUGGAUCUUCUGGUUCUGUCACAACCGAAUCACCAUCUUCUGGAUCUGGUUCAGUAACCAAUGAUGGCGCAUCUUCUGGUUCUGGUUCCGUUACAAGCAAUGGAGGAUCUUCCAGUUCUGGUACUGGAUCUGUAACAAGUAGUGAUGGAUCUUCUGGUUCUGUCACAACCGAAUCAUCAUCUUCUGGAUCUGGUUCAGUAACCAAUGAUGCCGCAUCUUCUGGUUCUGGUUCCGUUACAAGUAAUGGAGGAUCUUCCAGCUCUGGUUCUGAUUCUGUAACAACUGAAUCUGCAUCAGGUUCAAUAGCCAAUGAUGGCGCGUCUUCUAGUUCUGGUUCCGCAACAAGCAAUGGGGGAUCUUCAAGCUCUGGUUCUGAACAUGUAACAAGUAGUAAUGGAUCUUCUGGUUCCGUCACAACUGAAUCGUCAUCUUCCGGAUCUGGUUCAGUAACCAAUGAUGCCGCAUCUUCUGGUUCUGGUUCCGUUACAAGUAAUGGAGGAUCUUCUAGCUCUGGUUCUGGAUCUGUAACAAGUAGUAAUCAAUCUUCUGAUUCUGUAACAACUGAAUCUGCAUCUGGUUCAAUAGCCAAUGAUGGCGCGUCUUCUAGUUCUGGUUCCGCAACAAGCAAUGGGGGAUCUUCAAGCUCUGGUUCUGAACAUGUAACAAGUAGUGAUGGAUCUUCUGGUUCUGUCACAACCGAAUCACCAUCUUCUGGAUCUGGUUCAGUAACCAAUGAUGGCGCAUCUUCUGGUUCUGGUUCCGUUACAAGUAAUGAAGGAUCUUCAAGCUCUGGUUCUGGAUCUGACAAUGGAUCUUCUGGUUCCGUCACAACUGAAUCGUCAUCUUCCGGAUCUGGAUCAGUAACCAAUGAUGGCGCAUCUUCUGGUUCUGGUUCCGUUACAAGCAAUGGAGGAUCUUCCAGCUCUGGUUCUGGAUCUGUAACAAGUAGUGAUGGAUCUUCUGGUUCUGUCACAACCAAAUCACCAUCUUCUGGUUCUGGUUCCGUUACAAGCAAUGGAGGAUCUUCCAGCUCUGGUUCUGGUUCCGUUACAAGCAAUGGAGGAUCUUCCAGUUCUGGUACUGGAUCUGUAACAAGUAGUGAUGGAUCUUCUGGUUCUGUCACAACCGAAUCAUCAUCUUCUGGAUCUGGUUCAGUAACCAAUGAUGGUGCAUCUUCUGGUUCUGGUUCCGUUACAAGCAAUGGAGGAUCUUCAAGCUCUGGUUCUGGAUCUGACAGUGGAUCUUCUGGUUCCGUCACAACUGUAUCGUCAUCUUCCGGAUCUGGAUCAGUAACCAAUGAUGGCGCAUCUUCUGGUUCUGGUUCCGUUACAAGCAAUGGAGGAUCUUCUAGCUCUGGUUCUGGAUCUGUUACAACCGAAUCGUCAUCUUCCGGAUCAGGUUCUGUAACCAAUGAUAGUGUAUCUUCUGGUUCUGGUUCUGUAACAAGUAAUGGAGGAUCUUCUAGUUCUACAACAGAAGCUGGAUCAUCUGGAUCCAGUUCUGGAUCUUCCACCUCAAGAGACUUCAGUUCUUCGUCCAGUAAUGACUCACGAAUUUCUGUUUCCACAGUAUCAGCAGAUUCGUCAAUAACACCAAAUGAUGGAAUAACAGUUUCUGGUGGCGUUAGCGUUUCUGGAGACUCCUCUGUAACCGUUUCUGGCGCCUCAGGUGAUUCUGUUACAACUAUUACAACCCCUUCAGGUCAACAAUGUGCUUGCACUUGUGUUUCUCCUGAUGUAAAUCCUCUCUCUAGACGCCACCACAAAAAGCACCACCACGGAGUAAAAACUGCACACCACCAUAUGAAGAACUUCCACCACAACCUCAAACAUCAUCAUGAAGGUGUUAAGCACCACCAUGAUCAUGGUAAACAUCAUGAAGGUAAUAAACAUCAUAAUGAACACAAGAUACAUCAACAUGAAGGCAAAAUGCAUCAUUACGCAGUCAAGGAACAUCAACACGAAGGCAAAAUACAUCAUCAAGUAGUCAAGGAGCAUCAACAUGAUGGCAAAGUACAUCAUCAUGUCAACAAGGAACAUCAUGUUGCUAAAGAGCAUCAUAAGCAUUAAAUACAGUUGAUUGUAUAAGGUUUUGAAGGUUGUGGGAAUUAAAUAAAUAUUGCAUCAAUA